CUCCCCCCCCUCCACCCACCCCGGGCCGGGCUCCGAGUGAAAAUGCUGCUGGUUUUAUCAGAGGAGCACAAGGAGCAUCUGGGGUUCCUAACUCGGGUGGACUCUGCGGUUGUAGGAGAAUUCUGCCGAAUUGCUGUGGAAUUUUUAAAGAAAGGCUCAAAUCCCAAAAUAUUUGAAGGAGCGGCAAGGAAGCUGAGUGUGAGCACUGAAACUGUACAACAUGGAGUUGAGGGAUUGAUGUACUUGCUAACGGAGAGCUCCAAGAUGAUGAUUUCCGAGGUGGAUUUCCAGGACUCUGUGCUUGUUUUGGGUUUUCCUGAAGAUCUAAAUAAAUUACUACUGCAGCUUUACCUGGAAAAUAGGAAAGAGAUUCGGAGUAUCCUGAAUGAACUGACUCCAGACUUCCCUCAUUACCACAACUUAGAAUGGCGACUUGAUGUACAGUUGGCCAGCCGUGCCUUAAGGCAACAGAUCAAACCGCUUCUGACUCUGAAGCUGCACCUGGAACAGAAUGGACGUCAGAAUGCCAAUGUACUUCAAACUGACCCUGCCACCUUGCUGCACCUAAUUCGCAAGUUGGAGCAAGCGCUGGGUGAAAUGAAGACGAACCAUUGCAGAAGGAUAGUGCGCAAUAUAAAAUAGAGAAAUGACGAGAAGCUGGCGACCAUUGGCGUUCCAUGUGCCAAAUUGGGACAACUGAACACCGGCCAGUUUGGGACAUCAUUUGUUGGGAGUCUCUCGGCCUGAUGGAGGAACUUGUUGCUGUUUUGUGUACAACACAAUCUUGGUUAAAGGAAGCACUUUGCAGAAUGGGAGUUGGUUAUGUAGACUUUGUUCAUUUAUAUUAAGAUACUUUGACACAGGAAAUCAGUAGCCUUCAUGACUGUUGUCAAACUGCAAGGUAUUAUUAGCUGGAGCUGCCAUGGCACACUGUAAAGUGCUUUAUGUUGAUUGUUGCCCAACAUUAAGAUCUGAACUCCAGAUGGUCACACAGAAGUGCUUCAUUUUGGCCAAAUAAAUAUUGCCUAGGAUGAAAAAAGGCCUAGAUGGGGGAAAAUAAUAACUAUAGGGAACAGCAGUAGAAGAACGAAAUGCAGAGAGGACUGGAAUAAUUAAUCUAAAAAGGCAGCUAAAAUUGACCAGGAAAAGAAAAGUAGAUUGGGGGCUGGGGGGAAGACAAAAUGCAGCAAAAACGCUGCUUACAGGGCUGGAAUAUACAUAUUGUCCUUUUAUCUCUUGGGGUCAGGCUCAAAUCAAUGUCAAACUGAUGAGAAGGAAGUUUUUCCUUCAGCUAGUAAUUGCCAAGCUCCUGUGUGCAACCAAUUUGUGUUUUUUCACCACAAAAAGGCACCGAACUGGCAGCCACACUGAGCCUAAUGGCAUUUUUUGACAAGAGCUUGUGCAUUAUUCUUAAAGUUGGGUUAAGGCCAUUUGUUGGGGCAGAGAAAGAGCUACUCUGUAGCUGUGUGUGUUGGUGUUUCAAAAACAAAGAAUGCUGCAUUUGCUUGUUACCUUGAUCAGGGUGAGAAAAAAUGAAGAAAACCAUAUUAUUAGUGCAAUGCUCUGAAUUUUGUAACACAAUUUCCAAUUCAGCAAGAGCAUUUUGAAGCUCAUUGUCAGGGCACGUAAAGGAUUUGUUUUAACUUUUUUUCAAUUGUGAUUCUUUUCUAACAUAAAUGAGCAGAUUCAGUGCUAGUGAUCGGUAGAUCACAGUUGCAAAAAGAGUUCACUUAUACUGCCAUGUCCAAUUUCAAGGGAUUCAGCAUUAAAUUUCACAAGUUAAACUUAGUAUACCAGUUCUGCUCUAACCAGAGAUGAUGUGAGGAUGCUUUGUAAAUCAGAUGCAACGUUUACCGUGUCCUAGUGGUAUUUAGGUCAGACCGUUAGGGUUACUGGGAUGUUAUUUUCAGUAUGCUACAAUUUGGAUAUCCAACUUUGGGUACUUUACUACUGCCUCCAACAAAAAUAUCGACUGCGCUUUGGGCCCAGUAGUGCGCUUGAUUUUGUUUUGAUUUCUCUUAACAUUUUGAAUGUGUGUUUCCAGGCUUCUGUGAAAAUUUCUUCCACCUUUUCUUUCCCAAAAGCCACUUCCCACUGCCACAUGAAUCUUUGGAAAGCAGAGAAAGGAUGUAAAAACUUUCCAAUCUCUCAGCACCAGUUAUGUUCCGUUGCAUAAGUGGGGAGCAAGCACAUUAUACCGUGGGUGCCAUCUGGCUACAUUAUUCACCUUUUUUCUGAUAUUUGAAAGCGAUAGCAUAAUAAAUGUCUUAUUCUCUGCACUACAUGUAAUCACACUCUUUGGGAUACUUGAUAAUGUGAUAAAAGUAGAAAUGUUAUAAAGAGAAAUAAAGGUACAUGUUCACUCAGUCACCCCUUGGUACUCUUUCAGUUGGUUUGCAGCUACUGGUUAAAAACAGACUGGAAGUGGAUACUUCAGGUAGAAUGGCCUCCACCUUCAUAUGAAUGGUGAAUGCUGUUCAUGCUUAUUAAUGAUUUAUCACCCUUUAUUAUUUGAUAAGGUGCGAUCCAUUUAAAGCAGUGAUUUUUGGCAGCUGCAAAGCAUUGAAUCAGGAAAAUAAGGGAAACCGAGGUUUAAGCAUACCUUCAUCUCUUUUAACAUUUAUGUUGAUGAAACUAUUCAGUAGUCCACCCAUUUCCAGGAAGUAUCUAAAAAGCUAUUUGAACCAAUGAAGUCAUCACCAGUAAUUGUAUAUUACAUUUCGAUAUUUUGUAACUUUGGUCAAAUGCAUUCUUUCAGCUUUUCGUUUUUUUUUGUAAGAAAUUUCUACAAUUAUUGAUUUUGUUUUGCUCCUUUUUUGUUCCUUGUUUGAAUUGUUUUGCAUUAUUUCCAAUUGUUUUUGCUGGUGUUGUACUGUGACUAUCAUGUGAGUUCUGUAAACUUCCUGUUGAGAUUACCAAUCACUAAAGUCAAGUGCAAGAAAAUUGGUGCAAGAUUUAUAUUUUAAAAACAUGCUCCUUAUGCAAUGGAAUUGCCAAAUAAUUGUUUGUGCCGGAACAAUAUACAGAAUGUAAAGUUG